AUGGCGUGCAAAAUUGACAUUAAGAAGGCUUUUGAUACGCUGCGUUGGGAUUUCUUGCUCAAACUGCACAAGUAUUUUGAGUGCACUCGUGGCAUUCGCCAGGGUGAUCCUCUGUCUCCCAUUUUAUUUGGUAUCACGGAAGAUGUGUUGAGUGCUCUUUUUAAGAACUGCGUGGCGUCGGGGCAUCUUGAUCCAAUGAGGAUGAAUCGGCAAACUUCGUUUGCGACACACUUACUUUAUGCUGAUGACAUUUUGGUUUUUGGUAGAGCCACGGAGGCCAAUGCGAGGACCAUUCUUCAUAUUUUGAAUUUCUAUGGCUCGCUUUUUGGCCAAAUUUGUUCGAUGGAGAAGUCUCAUAUCUUCUUUGGGGAUAAGGUCCAGAACAGUUUACGUCGCUCCAUCAAGGGUAUUUUGAAGUUCAGACGGGGGACUUUGCCUUUUGUUUAUCUUGGGGUUCCGAUCUUUGCGGGCGCUAUUAAGGCUAUUUACUUGAGAGCUAUUCAUGAUCGCAUUCUUCUCAAAUUUGCCCGUUGGAAAGGCAUGCAUCUUUCUAUGGCGGGGCGCAUUUGUCUGGUCAAAUCGGUCAUUCAAAUCUCUAUUACUCAUUCGAUGAUGGUUUAUCGUUGGCCUAAGAAUUUGCUUAAAGAGCUUGACCGUAAAUAUCGUAAUUUUAUUUGGACUGGCGAUGUCAUGAAAAAACCCAAUUGCUCAGUUAACUGGGAUCGUAUUUGUGCUAUUAAGGAAGAAGGUGGGUUGGGCCUUCGUUCGUUUUCCUUGAUGAAUAAGUGUUUUCUCAUGAAUAUGGCUUGGAAGGUCAUUUGUGGGCAGAAUUUUGGCCACCGUAUUAUCAAGUCUCGUUAUUUGAAUGUCUUUUGUACGGCUAACAAUGUGGUUGCUUCUUCUAUUUGGUCUGGUUUGCGCCCGAAGAUUCAGGGUUUGGUUGACGACUCUUAUAGCUACAUUGGUAAUGGUUCUUCGAUUAAUUUCUGGAGAGACGAUUGGCUUGGCUAUAAACUGGCGGAUAGAUGUCGUGUUCCGUUCUAUGUCUUGGACUAUUUAAGCUGCUCGGUGGCUGAUUAUUUCUAUGACGGCAUCUGGCAUUUCACUCAGGACUUUAUUAAUAAUUAUCCAGAGAUUGUUUGCGAUAUUUUGUUUCUUCCUAUUGGUUCGGAUUCUGACACUCGUUUCUGGAAGCCUUCGGUGCAUGGUCAGGGCAGAGGAGACUGCCGAUCAUAUCUUCUGGCAAUGCAGCGUUUUCUCGUGGCUGCUUGGAAUCGUGACACAAGUUCUCAGGUGCGGACUUUCUGGAAAGUUGGCAUUAUCACUCUUAUCUGGGCGAUCUGGACUCUUCGUAACGAUUGUAUUUUCAAAGACAAAGUUUUCUAUGCCAAGCAGCUUCUUCAGAUGGUGCACGUUGCUUUCAAAGAGGUUGACGGUAGCUUUAUCAAAAUUGGUCAUAUGAGCAACACUUGGUCGAAUUAUUUGAUUCUUCGAGCUAUUGAUGUCACCACCAGGGCUGCUCCUCCUCCUAUCAUGAUUAAUGUUUAG